GCAGGGGGCUAAACUUUGUUACUGACAAAAUUCAGCGACCGAAAAAAAAUUACGCCGGCUUCAAUCUUUAUAGCUUUAAAAGUUAAAUACUUAUUAUGUCUCCUAUUGACUACUCUAAGUGGGGCCAUAUCGAUAUAUCUGACGAUGAAGAUCUACAGCAUCCGAAUAUUGAUAAGGCUAGUUUAUGGAAAUGGGAGAAGGAAGCUCGAUACGCUCGUUAUGAAGAACAAGAAAAGAAAAAAAAUGAGGUUACCGAAAAAAAAAAUUGUUUGCAAAACAAACUGAAGGAGCAUGAAGCUUCAGACCCUUCGAAUUUCUCACAAUUGGAAGCGUUAAAAACAGAGUUAGAAGCUUACGAAAAAGAGGAGGCUAAACUUUUAAGAAAAGAAAAGUUGUAUCCCAACUGGAAUUCAAGUAACAUGUGUAAAGAUGUCUUUAAUACUACAAGAUUGAAUUCUGCCGCCUUUAAGAAAAAUCAUGAAAAAACUGAAGAAGAAAUUCAGGCCGAACAGGCUGAAUUUUUUAAACGUUUUCGACAUGAAAUAAAAAAAUUUGGGAAACUGACAAAUAUGGAAGAUUCGCGGGACUAUCUUUUAGAGCAUCCUCAUCUUGUGAAUGAGUACACGGCAAACUUUUUAGUGGUCUGGUGUGUGGAUUUGCAGAUUGACGAAGACGAAUCUUCCGUUGAAACGGUAGCAAAGCAGACCAUCCUGAUGCAGCAUCUUUUAGAGGUUCACAAAACGAGCAAACACACCGUAAUGGACUUGAUUCGCAACUUCUUUAAAAGAAUAAAGUUAGCAGGCAGUCAGUACUUUGUGGCCUUCAAGGAUGAAUAUGAAGCGCUGGUAAGCCGCAUAAAACAACGAGCAGAAGAGCGCGAGAAGGAAGCUAUCGAAGAGUACGAGCGAAAGGAGAAGGAGCGGCGCAUAGCAGAGUCACCCGGCGGCCUGGAUCCGUGCGAAGUGAUGGAAUCUCUUCCAGAGCCCAUGCGCACCGCUUUCGAGUCACGUGACAUCCCCGCUCUUCAGGAGGCGGUGAAGCAUAUGGAGGAACACGAGUUUAAAUAUCAUUUGGAUCGUUGCAUUAAGUCCGGUCUUUGGGUUCCCGGCCCUGAAGACAGUAAAGACCAGAGGCCCGCAGAAACUUUAGCGAGUGUUAAUCAAGAACCUUAA